GUUUUCCUUCCACAUUCCUUUUGUACCUUCACUGGCAACCAGCAAGAAGCAGAGUUGAAAUAAUGACAUCUCAUGAGUUGUUUGAUGUACAUAGAAUUCCUUAUGCUGUCGUGCCGUAUUUUAAAACGGAGCCAGGCCUACCGCAGAUUCACCUGGAAGGCAAUCGGCUUGUCCUCACCUGCCUUGCUGAAGGGAGCUGGCCUUUGGAGUUCAAGUGGAUGCACAAUGACAGUGAGCUCACCACCUACACCAGCGAAUAUAAGUACACUAUCCCGUCUUUACAGAGGCUCGAUGCUGGGAUUUACCGCUGCGUGGUGCGAAACAGGAUGGGAGCUCUCGUGCAGAGAAGAUCAGAAGUUCAGGUCGCAUACAUGGGAAAUUUCAUGGACACAGACCAGAGGAAAACGGUUUCUCAGGGACAUGCAGCAGUUCUCGACUUACUGCCCAUCAGCAGCUUCCCCAGACCGCAGGUCACGUGGUUUAGAGAAGGGCACAAGAUCGUUCCCAGUGGCAGAAUAGCCAUCACGCUGCAAAACCAACUGGUGAUCCUCGCGGCGACAGCAGGCGAUUCCAGGGCUUACUACGCGCAGGCCGUCAAUGAGCGCAGCGGAGAGAGCAAGACCAGCCCGCUCACCCACCUGAGCGUCGCAGGAGAUGCUGGCACCCCCGAGACCGUGGCUCCUGUCAUUGUGAUCCCCCCAGGCAACAGAAGCGUGGUGGCCGGGUCCAGCGAGGUCACCCUGGAGUGCAUCGCCAACGCCAGGCCUGUUGAAGAGCUGACCAUGAGCUGGAAGAGAAACGGGGUGCGAGUCACCAGGGGGGUCCACAGCUUCGGGAGACGCCUCACCAUCAGCAACCCGACAUCCGCGGACACCGGCGCGUAUGUGUGCGAGGCGACGCUGACAGGAAGCGCUUUCCAGCCAGCCACGGCCAAAGCCUUUCUGUCAAUCAUAGAGCCACCGUAUUUUACCGCUGAGCCUGAGAGUCGGAUUUUAGCAGAAGUAGAAGAAACCGUGGACAUCGUUUGUCGAGCCAUGGGGGUCCCUCUUCCCACCCUCCAGUGGUACAAGGACGCCGUCCCCAUCACCAUGCUUCAGAAUCCUCGAUAUAAAAUGCUCCCCAGUGGAGGCCUGCACAUCCAGAAUCUGCAGCCGGAGGACUCUGGAAUCUUCCAGUGCUUUGCCAGUAACGAAGGAGGCGAGCUCCAGACUCACACAUACCUGGACGUCACCAAUGUCGCUCCGGCGUUUACACAGCUGCCAGUGGACACCACAGUCACUGAUGGGAUGACAGCCACUCUGAGGUGCGAGGUGUCCGGGGCGCCCAGACCCGCCAUCACGUGGAGGAGAGGAAAACAUAUUUUGGCCAGUGGCUCCGUGCGCAUUCCUAGGUUCAUGCUUCUGGAAUCUGGGGGUCUACAGAUCACCCCGGUCUUCAUCCAGGAUGCAGGAAACUACACCUGCCACGCCACCAACACGGAGGGGUCCCUGAGCGCGUCUGCGGCGCUGACCGUGUGGAAUCGUACGUCCAUCGUGACCCCUCCUGAGGACCGCGUGGUGAUCAAGGGGACCACCGCCACCCUGCGCUGCAGAGCCACUCAUGACCCCCGGAUCGCUCUCCGCUAUGUCUGGAAGAAGGACAACACGGCCAUCACCCCGUCCAGCGGUUCCAGGAUCGUGGUGGAGAAGGACGGGUCCCUCCUCAUUAGCCAGACGUGGUCGGGUGACAUCGGAGACUACACCUCCGCGGGUCGGAAGAGCAAAUUGCUGACCGAGUUUUCUCAAUUAAAUGCCGUACUGUGUAAAACGUGGCACUCCCACCUGAUCGAAUCCCACAGCCAUCGGCCCUUUCAUCUCUACCAGAAGGAUCAAAUCACCGAGCUGCCUCACUCACCCCAGAACCUCCUGGCCAGCCUGAACUCUUCCCACAGCCGCGCCGUGGGGCUCUCGUGGGUCCGGCCCUUUGACGGGAACAGCCCGGUCCUCUACUACAUCGUGGAGCUGUCCGAGAACAACUCUCCAUGGAAAGUACAUCUGUCAAAUGUCGGCCCAGAGAUGACAGGUGUCACCGUGCGCGGCCUGACUCCAGCUCGCACCUACCAGUUCAGGGUGUGCGCCGUGAAUCAAGUGGGCAAGGGUCAGUACAGCACAGAGACGAGCAGGUUGAUGUUACCUGAAGAGCCACCCAGCGCUCCCCCAAAGAACAUCGUGGCCAGCGGGCGUACCAAUCAGUCCAUCAUGGUCCAGUGGCAGCCGCCCCCGGAGACGGAGCACAACGGGGUCCUGCGCGGGUACAUCCUCAGGUACCGCCUGGCCGGCCUGCCUGGGGAGCACCAGCAGCGGAACAUCACCAGCCCGGAGGUCAGCUACUGCCUGGUGACCGAGCUGAUCGUCUGGACACAGUACGAAAUCCAGGUGGCAGCUUACAAUGGCGCGGGCCUGGGAGUCUUCAGCCGGGCCGUGACUGAGUACACCCUUCAAGGAGUGCCUACCGCGCCUCCCCAGAAUGUGCAGACGGACGCCGUGAACUCCACAACCAUCCAUUUCCUGUGGAGCCCUCCGCCUCAGCAGUUCAUCAACGGCAUCAACCAGGGGUACAAGCUUCUAGCAUGGCCGGCUGAGGUCCCGGAGGCCAUCACCGUAAUCACCAUUGCACCAGAUUUCCAUGGAGUCCACCACGGGUAUAUCACGAACUUGAAGAAGUUUACUGCUUACUUCACGUCAGUCCUGUGUUUCACCACGCCGGGCGACGGGCCUCCAAGCACACCCCAGCUCAUACGGACUCAUGAAGACAGACCUGGAGCUGUGGGCCAUCUGAGCUUCACAGAGAUUCUGGACACUUCCCUCAAGGUCAGCUGGCAGGCACCUCUGGAGAAAAAUGGCAUUAUUACAGGCUACCAGGUCUCCUGGGAGGUGUACGGCCGGAAUGGCUCCCGGCUCAGCCACACGCUCAACAGCACGACUCACGAAUACAAGAUCCAAGGGCUGUCCUCGCUCACCACAUACACCAUCGACGUGGCUGCUGUCACCGCCGCGGGGGCUGGCCUGGCGACCUCGUCCACCAUUUCUUCUGGAGUGCCCCCAGAGCUGCCUGGCGCCCCGUCCAAUCUGGUCAUUUCCAACAUCAGCCCCCGCUCAGCCAUACUCCAGUUCCGCCCCGGCUACGAUGGGAAGACGUCCAUCUCCAGGUGGAUCGUGGAGGGACAGGUUGGAGCCAUCGGUGAUGAGGAGGAGUGGGUCAGCCUCUACGAGGAGGAGAAUGAGCCAGAUGCCCAGACGCUGGAGAUCCCAAACCUCACGCCCUACACUCAUUACAGAUUUCGGAUGAGGCAGGUGAACAUCGUUGGCACCAGCCCCUCCAGCCCGUCCUCCCGCGUCAUCCAGACACUGCAGGCACCCCCCGACGUGGCUCCGACCAGCGUCACUGUGCGGACUGCCAGCGAGACCAGCCUGCGGCUCCGCUGGGUGCCCCUGCCCGACGCCCGGUACAACGGGAGCCCCGAGUCGGUGGGCUACAGGGUUAAGUACUGGCGCCCCGGCCUCCAGCCCCAGACACUGGUGCAAGUCAUCCACGACCGGCUGGAGAGAGAGUUCACCAUCGAGGGGCUGGAGGAGUGGACGGAGUAUGAGCUCCAGAUGCAGGCGUUCAACGCCAUCGGGGCCGGGCCCUGGAGUGAGGCGGUGCGGGGCCGCACACGUGAGUCAGUUCCUUCAGCUGCUCCUGAAAACGUGUCCGCUGAAGCUGUCAGCUCGACCCAGAUUUUGCUAACCUGGGCUUCGGUGCCAGAACAGGACCAGAACGGGCUCAUCCUGGGCUACAAGGUCCUGUUCCGGGCCAAAGACCUGGACCCCGAGCCCCGGAGCCAAGUCGUGCGCGGGAACCACACGCAGUCGGCGCUGCUCGCGGGUCUCCGGAAGUUCGUGCUGUACGAGCUCCAGGUGCUGGCGUUCACUCGCAUCGGGAACGGGGUCCCCAGCUCCCCGCUCCUCCUGGAGCGGACCAAGGAUGACGCCCCAGGCCCGCCCGUGAGGCUUGUGUUUCCGGAAGUGAGACUCACGUCCGUGCGGAUCGUGUGGCAGCCGCCGGAGGAGCCCAACGGCAUCAUUCUGGGCUACCAGAUCGCCUACCGCCUGGCCAGCAGCAGCCCCAACACAUUCACCACAGUGGAGGUGGGUGCCACGGUGAGGCAGUUCACGGCCACGGAGCUGGCCCCGGAGUCAGCCUACAUCUUCAGGCUGUCGGCCAAGACGAGGCAGGGCUGGGGGGAGCCGCUGGAGGCCACCGUCAUCACCACUGAGAAGAGAGAGCGGCCGGCGCCCCCCAGAGAGCUCCUGGUGCCCCAGGCAGAAGUGACUGCACGCAGCCUCCGGCUCCAGUGGGUCCCGGGCAGCGACGGGGCCUCCCCCAUCCGCUACUUCACCGUACAGGUGCGAGAGCUGCCAGGCGGACCGUGGCAGACCUUCUCCUCGUCCGUCAGCCACGAGGCCACAGCCUGCACUGUCGACAGGCUGAGGCCCUUCACCUCCUACAAACUGCGCCUGAAAGCCACCAAUGACAUUGGGGACAGUGACUUCAGCGCAGAGACGGACGCGGUCACCACACUGCAGGACGUUCCAGGAGAGCCUCCCAGCUCCGUCUCCGUGACGCCGCACACCACCUCCUCCGUCCUGAUCCAGUGGCGGCCUCCAAGAGAUGAGAGCCUGAACGGCCUCCUCCAGGGUUACCGGAUUUACUACCGGGAGCUGGAGUCUGAGGCACCCUCAGCCACGGCGUCCAAGGUGCUCCAAAGCCCCUCAGCUUUACGGGCCGAGCUCACAGCCCAAAGCAGCUUCAAGACCGUAAACAGCAGCUCCACGUUAACGACGUAUGAAUUAACACAUCUGAAGAAAUACCGGCGCUAUGAAGUCAUCCUGACUGCCUACAACAUCAUGGGCGAGAGCCCGGCCAGCGCGCCCGUGGAGGUCUUCGUCGGCGAGGCGGCCCCGGCCAUGGCCCCGCAGAACGUCCGGGUGACCCCGCUCUCGGCCAGCCAGCUGGAGGUCACGUGGGAGCCGCCGCCACCCGAGAGCCAGAACGGGAACAUCCAAGGCUACAAGGUUUACUACUGGGAGGCAGACAGCCAGAACGAAACAGAGAAGAUGAAAGUCCUCUUCCUGCCAGAGACGGUGGUGAAGCUGAAGAACUUGACCAGCCACACCCCUUACCUGGUCAGCAUCUCAGCCUUCAAUGCGGCCGGAGACGGGCCCCAGAGUGACCCCAGGCAGGGGCGCACCCAUCAGGCCGCCCCUGGGACCCCCAGCUUCUUGGCGUUCUCCGAGAUCACCUCGACCACACUUAACGUCUCCUGGGGCCAGCCGGCGGCAGCCAAUGGCGUCCUGCAGGGCUACCGAGUGGUCUAUGAGCCCUCAGCGCCUGUGCAAGGGGUGAGCAAGGUGGUGACAGUGGACGUGAAGGGGAACUGGCAGCGCUGGCUGAAGGUGCGUGACCUCACCAAAGGAGUGACCUAUUUCUUCCGAGUACAAGCACGGACCAUCGCCUAUGGGCCUGAACUGCAAGCAAACGUCACGGCCGGGCCCGCCGAGGGCUCCCCGGGGUCCCCCAGAGAUGUCUCGGUCACCAAGUCCACAUCUGAACUGACCCUGCGGUGGACGGAGGGCAGCGCGGGCAGGACUCCCACCACGGGCUACAUCAUCGAGGCCAGGCCCUCAGAUGAAGGCCUGUGGGACAUGUUUGCCAAGGACAUCCCCCGGAGCGCCACGUCCUACACCGUCAGCCUGGACCAGCUCAGGCCGGGAGUGACCUACGAGUUCCGGGUGGUGGCCGUGAACCGGGCAGGCUACGGGGAACCCAGUGACCCCUCCGCCGCUGUGUCAGCACAAGUGGAAACCCCGUUCUACGCGGAGUGGUGGUUCCUCCUGGUGGUGGCGCUAUCGCUCCUGAUCGUCCUGCUGCUGGUGGUGUUCGCCCUGGUCUUGCACGGGCAGAAUAAGAGAUACAAGAGCUGCAGCACAGGGAAGAGCAUCUCCAACAUGGAAGAGACCGUGACCCUGGACAACGGUGGGUUUGCCGCCCUGGAGCUCAACAGCCGCCACCUCAAUGUCAAGAACACCUUCUCAAAGAAGAACGGGACCAGGUCCCCACCCCGGCCCAGCCCCGGUGGCCUGCACUACUCAGAUGAGGACAUCUGCAACAAAUACAACAGCGCUGUGCUGACCGAGAGCACAAACCUCAAGGAGAAGUCAGUGGACGCUUCAGAAUCAGAGGGCACUGACUCCGAGUCUGAGGACGCACCCCCCCAGCACUCCUUCGUCAACCACUACAUGAGCGACCCCGCCUACUACAACUCGUGGAAGCGGCGCGCCCCGCACAGGUACGAGGCGGUGGCGGGCGGCGAGCCCGGGCCGCACCUGCACACGGUGGUCACCACGCAGAGCGCCGUGUUCACGCCCGCGGGCCCCGGCGCCCGGACUCCGCUCACCGGCUUCUCCUCCUUCGUGUGACGGCCCCGGCGGGGCCUCCUCGCACCUUCCUGCCUCCUUUUGUUAAGACAAUCAACUCCCGUAACUGAGCUCGAGCUUUUGUUCCAACCAGAAUUCUGAUAAGUGAUGAUUUUACCUACUUGUGAACACUAGAUUUCAAUUAGAAAGGUUUUUUUAAUGGCUUUUUGUAACAUCGCUGCAAGAAGCAGGUUUCUUUGUUUCCUUUUCUUUUUACGAGGUGUAUUUCGGUGGUGCAAUGGCGGGAAGACCCCAGACCCCUCCACGUCCUGGGUUUCUGCGUCCACACGCCACGUAGGGAGGCGGCUGGGGGCAGGAGGAGUGGGGGUCAUGUGAGAUGCGUGCCCACGUCCGGGCCGCUCCCUCCUCUUCUCUACCUCCCGUGCGCCCGGAGAACCAGCUGCCCCGGCUCUGCACAGGGACAUGUCCGGGCCGGGGCUCCCCCGGCUCGCUCCGUGAGUCCGCAGAGCCCGGUGUGCCCUGGGCUCAGCGCUCCUCAGCCCGACCGCAUCUUUCUCUGAAAUCUUCUCACUCCGAGGUUUCUAGGCGAGGAGUCAGCCUCCAGGCUCCUGGUAAGGGGGCACGAGAUUCCAUGGCUGGGUCCUCUGGCCCCGUGACAGCUCAGUGCUUGCACCCCUGCGUCUGUCCAGUGGUGACCCCUCUGGGCUCCUUCCUUCCUUUUCUUUCCUCAAAACCAACGGUGCAGAGCAGGGAUUGCCGCCGCCCCCCCCCCCCCCGAAGGCCGCAGGUGCGUGCGGGGCGCCCUCUCUUGGCCAGCGGGCUCCUUCCUACGAACAAGGACCACGGCCCACCCCGAGAUCCCAGAGAGAGCGAGCCGGCGCUUCCAGAAUUGCUCGUUGUGUUAGAGGCGUGCGUUGUUAACCAGAGGAUUUUUUAAAUCUUUUUAUCUUUUUUUAAAAUACGUCACAUGAAAUGAAUGAGUCUCUGCUGUCUCCAGGUGCCUUUUUAUUCAUUGUUUAGCUUUGUAUGUGAGCAAAACGGAAAGCGUCAGCGUCUACAAAUAAAGCGAAACAGCUCUGAGAA